GCAGAGUUGAGGCCCUUCCCGGAAGCGGAAGGGAAGGGAGGCGAGCGGCCAACUGCCGAGACGCCGCCGGCGUCAGUCAUCCAGACAGCCACCGCAACUUCAUCGCCGAGCACUGCCGUCUUCUUCUUCCGCAAGAGAGUUUGCCACAAUGCAAAGCCCUAGCAGAUUGUUUAUCGCCUCUAUCUGCACACAACCUGCUGUGUUCGGGCCCCAAGGUUGGGCAGACCUCCCAGACGGCCUGCUUCACUCAGUUCUUCCUCUGUCCGGAUCCUUCCGUGACCUUCUGGCCUUCGCUGCCACCUGCCGCUCUUGGCGUGCCGCAUUCUCCUCAUACCCGACCAAAUCUACCUUCUGUGCCAAAUUCCCACCUCUCCUCGUCCAAUUGAGUAACCAUUUUGCACCUCCUGAUCUGCCUAACAAUGGUCGUCACAAGCUCCGCUUAUGUAAGGUCAUUGAUCCAAUCAACCAGAACAUGGCUCUUCGAUGCCUGAUUCCCCGAAAAAUUUAUCAGGGGAUGUGUUUUGCUGACUCUUCGUAUGGUCAAAUAAUAUGCUGCCGCGGUGGACAUUGCCUUGUUAUUGAUGUGUUUAGUGGUGCUGAGGUCUCACCUCCAUGUCUCCCAUUCGUCGGCGAUUGUGAGGAGGAGUUAUACUUCAGCGGCACUCUGACAGCCCCCCUUGGAUCACCCAACUCACACCUCCUUGUCAGCACCGAAUCCUCCCUGUUUGAUUGGCCGGUUGGAAGCGACUCUUGGUCCGAACUCAAGCUUUCUGAUGCAUGGAUAGAACAGAUCGUGGAAUUCAAUGGUCAGUUCAGCGCCAUGGAUGAUAGCUAUAAGAUCUACAUUCUGCAGCUAUCCCCCAAGUUUGGUCUGCAGGAGAUAGUAACCGAGUGGAUCAACGACCUGAGGCCAAGCCCGUAUAUGGAUCCAUGGCUAGCGGCCUGCGGCAACAUGCUUCUCAUGGUUUUCUGUUUCACCACAAUGUUUCUAGGCUGGUCAGUGCUAAAAUGCAUACCCCACCGCCUUGACACGUCGACCGCCCCUGCGAGAUGGGUGGAGGUGAAGCAGCUGGACAACUGGGCACUCUUUGUUGGGGGUGACAUGAGGAGCGAACCGUUUACUUGCAUCAGCCCGGAAAGAUGGGGAGGGAGGAGCAAGCGGCUGUACUCCGCUGCCCGUCGCUCUUUUGUUGUGCAUGGAGUGGGUGACGAGCCAGAUAGAUCCGCUCAUCUCAAGACGGUGUACAAAAGAAGCCUGUCCCGCAAGCUGCGGUCCCUCUGGGUGUACCCAAGCAUGUUCUACUCCGAUGGCCAGUGAUCGUCGUUGUGGCGCAGCUGCAGCUACACACUUGCUGCUCUUCAUGCUUCCUGAUGGAAAUUGGUAAAGAAGCUUUUGCAACCCUGGUAUUAGUGCUCAGAGCUUGUCAGGACUUAUAGGA